UCACCAGAUUCUCGCACUUCACAACAACAAACUACUUUCAUGAAUGAAUUAAGAUUAAACAGCUCAUAGCCGUUCCAACUUCUCUCCAGUUCGUCAUUCUGUUAUCCGUUUAUUGAUUUAGUUGAAGCCGACGCUAGUUAUUAACGUUUUCACGUUUCUUCUUCUUUACAACGCUUCUUCACUUCUUUAACUUCGAAAUUCCGCAGCUUCUUCUUAGCUGCUUGUUUCAGCUUUUCUUUGAUUUUUUCCGAAUACCUUCAGCUACUCAGCCUGCUGCUCAAUCUCUUGCAUUUGAAUAUGCUAAAGGGUGAGAAUGGAAUCAGCUAUCUUCGCCACCGUUAAAAUCCCCCUCCCUUCUUCAGGCAACCGUUGCAAGUGCGCGGCCCAAUCUGUGAGAGCGCUGCCGAUUCGAAUUCUGACGGUUGGGAAGAAGAGGUCGGCGGGGAUUCAGCUCGUGGUUGACGAGUAUACUGAGAAGCUCAAGCAUUAUUGCCCUGUCCAAGAUGUUCGAAUCAAGUCCAACCCUAAAAAUGCUCGUGACUCAAUGGUUCAGAUUGAACAUGAGGAUAUGGCUGUGAUGGGACUCAUCAAGUCCAAUGAAUGGGUAGACCUCUGUGGUGAACCUCUUUCUGGUUGCACUUUGAUAGCUUUUCUUCUUGUAAUCUAUCAAAGAUCUUGUCCCAAAUGCGGGAUAGUUUUAAUGAGGGAGUUCGUGUCUUAUUUUUUUCUCAUCAUGUGGAUGCAAAUUGUGAUGUUGGAUGAGCGUGGACGUGAUGUGAGUUCAGAGCAAAUGGCGUCCCUAAUUGCAGAUGCUGGAAAUACAGGGGCUUCAAGCAUACUGUUCUGUGUUGGUGGGCCAUACGGGCAUGGAAGGCAAUUGAGAGAGAGAGCUGAUGUAUCAAUCCGGUUAUCAUCUUUGGUCUUAAAUCAUGAAAUUGCACUGGUUGUGUUGGCAGAGCAGCUCUACAGGCGAGAAACAUAUCAGUCAAACUCCAUAGUUUCCCGUGCGUGUUUAGAUGGUUUCGACUCUUUAUGAAUUAUGUUAUGGUUUACAGGGCUUGGACUAUUCUCAAAGGCCAGAAGUACCAUCAUUAGAUACUAGUUCGUCUUUGCUCUGUCAAGCAUGUUGGAUUUGGAAAUCAUACUGUAGUUAAAUUGGUCUUUUAAGCCAUUGAAGAUGAAUAGAACUUGCACCACAAAGUCACAGCUUCUGAUAGUAGUGCUUCUUGUGAUGUUGGAUGGCUCUGCUGCAGUUACUAGAUGGUUGCAGUUCCAAACGUUUCAAAUCCUCUAUCGGGAUGGAGGUUCGAGCUUAUUUUCGUUGUAAGGUUAGCUGACGUAAAGCAGGAGAGAUUUGUGUGAUAUAAUCUGUCCCCAAUCCUACAGCUGAAGGAUAUAGAGGCGAGAACCUUGACAUCAUUAAGGUGAUAUUCUAUGGGUUAUUUGUGUUAAGUGAACCUCUGCAUUUUAUUGUACAUUUAUUGAAUUUGGUUUUAAUUUUUGAUAUAUACAUUUUCUUUUGAGUUGUAA